CAGACACAGGCUAUAAGAACAUGGGCGAUGGCUCCAGGAAACCAACCGUCCCACAAUGCAAAGGUCGUUGGUGACGCUAUUAGACGAGCGCCAGCAGCGCGGCCAGCGGGGAGCGCCGUGGUCCUCCCCGCCUCCCACCCUGCCGCCUCCGUCGCCGCCACCUCGGUGGGGCCCUCCGUGUCUGCGCAGCGCGGCCCACUGCUCCCGGAGGAGCAGCCGAGCACGGGGUCGGGCACGGGGCGCAGCCAUGGCGGACAGUGCGGGAGCAGGUGCGGCGGGCCAGGCCUCGGGACCAGCGGGGGGCUCGAGUGGGGCGGGCGGCACAGUCAACCCCGCUUCGCUGCCUCCGGGAGACCCGCAGCUCAUCGCUCUUAUAGUGGAGCAGCUCAAGAGCCGUGGCCUGUUUGAUAGCUUCCGCCGGGACUGCCUGGCCGACGUGGACACUAAGCCAGCUUACCAGAACCUGAGGCAGAAGGUGGAUAAUUUUGUAUCGACACAUCUGGACAAACAGGAAUGGAGUCCUGCAAUGAACAAGAACCAGCUGCGAAAUGGGCUGAGGCAGAGCGUGGUUCAGUCAGGCAUGUUGGAAGCGGGAGUGGACAGGAUCAUUUCUCAAGUGGUCGACCCCAAACUAAACCACAUCUUCAGGCCACAGAUAGAGCGAGCAAUCCACGAGUUCCUGGCCGCCCAGAAAAAAGAGGCUGUGCCAGCUCCCCCCCCAGAACCUGAAGGCCAGGAUCCUCCAGCGCCAUCCCAAGAUGCUUCCUAAGGAUGUGCCUGAUGCCUUGGGAAGCUCUAUUUAAUGGAGAAGCGGUUCCUGUUCAUACGAAUUAACUUUAGUCAACCAUGUCAUUACUGAUGUCAAGAUUGUGGCCUUGACUGAGGUGGUGUCCAUGUUGGAUGGAGAGCAAGUUUGGUGGUGGACAGUUACCCAUACUUGCUCAUGGAUUGUGUCACCUUCGACCAGCCUGUCGAAGGGUGUGGCUGCAGUAGACACUACAGAGGUUUAAGCACUACAGUGAUGUGGGCUGUCCUGAACGAACCUUUAUACUUGAACACAGACACUGCAUGUGGAUGUUAGCGCUUGUGCUCUGUGGUUUGCAGGAGCCAAACUGGAAGCUAGCUGGUCAGCACAGCAAGGACCGGUGGGAGCAGCUGUCUGACGGUGGGUUUUGAUAUGCUAGAGUUACAGACUGGAACGUGUGGCAGUUAGUGUCAGCAGCCUUAAGGUUGUUGUGACCUUCCUGUACUUGGGGAUCUUAAUGGUCCCUUUCCUUGUCAGAGGUAGUGUUGGAACCCUGGAGUGAGUGAGGAAGCUGAGACUUGGGGUACACAGAAAGCCCCACAGCUUCUGUCCUGACAUCUCCCCAUCCACAGGGGUGAGUCACUCUGGGUACGGUGCUCAGUUCUCAUGUUUGUGUUUUUAGAAAAAAAAAAACCUGCUAAUAAAUGGUGAUGUUUUACA